AUGUCUGAAACCAGAACCAUCGAAAUUCAAACACUUGGGAGCUUUCAAGUUUGAUUUCACAUCUAAACAUAAAGUCAAACACUUUUCAAACCCAAAAAAAAACAUUCGUCAAAAUCUGGAUCCUCCUUUAAUGGAAAUAUCUGCUUUCCCAUUUCCAUACCUACAAGACGACGAGUGUUCCCAUUUCCUCGGUCUAUUUCAGGACAUGGACUCUCCUCCUUCUGACUUCGGGUUCGAAGGUUUUGGUAACGACAGCAGUAAGAAACGACCAAGAAAGGAAGACGAAGAAGGAGCUGGAGCUGUGAAUGGUAGUAGUAACAAGCCUGCCUUUGGAGAUAUACUCGCGACGCUUUUGCUAUUGGACGAGGAAGCUAAGCAUCAGCAAGAGCAGUGGGACUUUGAAUCCAAUCGAGAGAAGUCUCUUCUCGAAGCUAAUCACAGGGAGAAAGUGAGAGCAAUGGAUGGUUAUUACAAUCAAUUGCAAGGUCAUUACAAUACAGAUGUUACUCCUCCAAAACGUGCACGAAGAUCAGCAGUUGCUGCUGUUGUCGCCGCGGUUGCUUCCGGUGAGGAAGCAACCGCCGCUCCGGUUCAGGCGACUGAUAUCGCUAGCGGUUCCGGGACGAGUCAUAGGAGGCUGUGGGUGAAGGAGCGCACGACGGACUGGUGGGACAGAGUGAGCAGCCCUGAUUUUCCGGAGGAAGAGUUCCGGCGAGAGUUUCGGAUGAGCAAAUCGACGUUUAAUCUGAUAUGCGAUGAGCUGGACGCGACGGUUACGAAGAAAAACACGAUGCUCCGCGACGCGAUUCCAGCUCCGAAACGCGUCGGCGUUUGCGUCUGGCGUUUAGCUACUGGAGCUCCGCUGCGCCACGUGUCGGAGCGGUUCGGGCUCGGGAUCUCCACCUGCCACAAGCUGGUCAUCGAGGUCUGCCGCGCGAUUUACGACGUCCUGAUGCCGAAGUACCUCCGCUGGCCGUCGGAUUCGGAGAUCCGAUCGACUAAAGAAAAAUUCGAAUCGGUUCAUAAAAUCCCAGACGUCGUGGGUUCGAUCUACACCACGCACAUCCCCAUCAUCGCUCCGAAAGUCCACGUGGCGGCGUAUUUUAACAAGAGGCACACGGAGAGGAACCAGAAGACGUCGUACUCGAUCACAGUCCAGGGAGUGGUCAACGCUGAGGGGAUCUUCACCGACGUCUGCAUCGGGAACCCCGGAUCACUAACCGACGAUCAGAUCCUCGAGAAAUCGUCGCUCGCGAGGCAGCGCGCCGCGCGCGGGAUGCUUCGCGACGGCUGGGUCGUCGGGAACGCGGGGUUCCCGUUGACGGAUUGGCUUUUGGUGCCGUACGCGAGGCAGAAUCUGACGUGGACGCAGCAUGGGUUUAAUGAGAAUAUCGGAGGGAUUCAGAAGAUCGCGGUGGAGGCGUUCGAGAGGCUGAAAGGACGGUGGGCUUGUCUGCAGAAGAGGACGGAGGUUAAGCUUCAGGAUCUACCUUAUGUGUUGGGUGCUUGUUGUGUGUUGCAUAAUAUCUGUGAGAUGAGGAAUGAGGAGAUGGCGCCGGAGUUGAAGUUCGAUGUGUUUGAUGAUGUGACUGUGCCUGAGACUAAUAUCAGAUCUGCGACUGCGUCUAACAAGAGGGAUCAGAUCUCUCACAAUCUCUUGCAUCGUGGCUUGGCCGGGACGAGGACUCUCUAGCUGAAUGGACUGUGUUUUUCUCUUUGAACUGAUUUUUUAUUGCAAAAUUCUUUUUCCAGAUUAGGAAUAAACAGAAGUGUUUUCGGUAAUACUUAGAUGAGAUUGGAUACAGAAAGGAUAGUGGACUUGAGUUGUUUUUGUUUGUAAUACCAUUAGCAUUGUGUAAUCUAUAGUUUAUGUAUUCUCUAUAAAUUGAAUUUGAAAGUUCCAAGGA